ACACCAAGAACCAGGAAAUUUAGCUCCAAGCAGAAACUCGCGUGCGAGAAAAAUGACAAGCGAUGAUGAGACUCCAAAGCCGGAAGAUGGAAUUCGAGGGCCGCCCGCCGCGGAGAGACCCGCUUUCUUUUUCUUUUUCUUUUUCUUUUUUGUUUUUGGCGGGGAAAAUGAGAUUCCCCAGUCCAGAAGCGGAACGAGACUUCGCCCACUGGCAGUCCUUCCAGCCCAUCUUCAAUCUUUCUAUACUUCGGGCCAGCAAAACAAACAGCUCUUUUCGGCUCAUUCACAAGCAACCGGUUUAUCGGCUUAGCAGAUCUUGUAAACACUCAGGGCCUUUGAUUCCUGGACCCAGGGAAAUGGCGACAGCAGCAGAGCCCAUCCCACCCCGCCUCCACCCGCAGGAGAUCUCCUUCCCACUGCCCAAGGCUCUUCACACGACAGCACAUAUUCAUCUGACCUUGUUGGACACAUGUGCCAUGGUAUUUCUCGCUACGUCGACCCCGGGCGACUCAGCGGGGACAGUGAAGCCGAUGGGGAGUUUGAUCUACGCGAUGCCUGAUCUCAAAUCCCCCACCACACCCCUCUCAACAACAAUCUACUCCACCCCCAACAGCGUGGAAUACACCACCCGAGUCGCCAAGAUCCUCGCCCGCAGGCUGCGCAUCCCCGUCUACGUGGGUAGCAGCUUCGACCCGACCUCGCUGGGGCUUCAGGUCGAGGAGGAGAUGGAAGGGCUACGCCAGAUCGUGGAGGUGGUGGUGAAGCGGUGGGAGGAUGCGAGGCAGUGAUGUCUUUCUCUCCACUUUCUCACAAGUACUAUCUGGAGUCUGUCUAUCAGGCAGUGGAGGAGGGAUGAGACCGUUACUGUUCAGCGCGCGAGGGCUUAUUUAUCCUAGGCCAUGGUGUCUAGAAUGCGAUUUUAUGUUGUGUUCUGACGCUGUUUUCUCUCCCUUCUAUCUUAUCUCCGGGUCCGAGAGUGGUGGCGCGAUGGUCGCCGCGGUUGAUAGUUUUCAAUUUGUGAGGAAGUGGUAGAGACCCUUCCGUGAGGGUUUGCGAGAUGCUCCAAGGGUUUAUGAUAUGGAGUGCUUGAGAUGAUUAUAAAUAUGAGAUUGACGCCAGAAGGAAGGAAGAGGAAUUGUAUUCUGCAACACCCAUGCGUGUUACUAUUAU